AUGACCGACUCUGCACAAGCUCCGUGGUUUGUGCAAAUGGCAGAGAGAGUGACUACAUGCUAUGGAGGAGUGAUGGACGAUUUUUUUGCUCCACCAGGUAAUCAGCCAGCAGGACAGCCAGCAGGACAGCCAGCGAACCAGCCGCCUGAACAGCAACCACUCUCACCAUCUCCAACUGGAGGCUUCACAAAUGACAACCAGAUCGAUUACCUUGCAGAUGCUGUCCCAUCUAAGAAACGUACUGCAAAACCUGCUGCAACUCCCAUGAAGAGCCCUGCUUCAAAGAAACCCUCUGGGAGACGGAAAUUCACGUCGGAUAAGAGAAGUCUGGUCAAGACGUGUUGUAUAUCCACAACUGCACUAGCGGUCAUCGUCGCCAUAUUCUCAUUCGUCGCUUUUCUGCACGUGCUCGGAGCGGCAAGCUUCAUUCCUGCUUUCGUACCUAACACAUGUGACUAA